GUCGGCAAUGCAGUUUGCGUCACCAUGCUUGCUCAAUUCAGACUGAAAAAGAAAUUGGGCGGUUUACCAUUUACCUAAUGAUAUUUUAAUUUAUUUAAAUUAAAAAUGAAGAACCAGGAUUUAGUUAACUAUCUCAGGGAGUGUGGCGUGUGCUUAUUCUGUCAAUUACGUUAUCUCAAAGCUCGCGGUAAUGAAUAUCAGAAUCGAAGGCAGUAUUUGGAGAAGGUUAAUGUUGAAUAUAAAGAUGAAACAGAAAGCAGUUCUGACCCGGCACAUAAAAAGAAACGGCAGAAUGUUUGCCCAACUUGUCUGGAUCUAUUUUCAAAAAGAUUCAAGGACCAACUCGUUCAGGCUAUAUUGGAUACAGAUAUUGCAAAAUACGAGUGCGAUGGCAUUGUGGUUGCCAUUAGUAUACCGAUAGUGCUCCAGUUACGGCAAUUGUCCAUGUGGUAUGCGCUUUUAGAUAAAUUUGAAAAAAAUUUUCACCAGGAUCGGGCACCUGAUGUUUCCUUGAAGGAAGCUAUUAAGCUUAUUUUGCAUCCAACGAUUUGUGAAAAUCUUAAAAAAAAAUACGAUAUUGAUAAUGGUCUCAUGAUAAAUAUAAAUUUAUGCCAUGAACUGGAAAAUGAAGAAAUCGCUCGAUUGGAGAAACUCAACAACGUGGCGUAUCCGCCAAAAACGGGCCAUAAGUUGGAACCUAUCUCACGAUCUUUGAUUGAGAAAAAAUAUACACCUUUGAGAGUUAGUUCAGAACUGUUCAAAAAAACAUUUUCUGUACCACCCUCAAUACCAAAUGAAAGUCUGAAAUUGGAUUCCAUUUCUCUUGUUGGUCCUACAGCAUAUGUAGCUGGGCGAUAUAGAAAAGUGUCCCGGAAGCUGUCACAUACACCAUGGGUAUUAAAUGGUAAAAGAGUCAUGGACGACAGUAUAGAGGAGAUAAUUAUACGUUAUAUUGCUACGUACUUUUGCGAGGAUCGGACAAAAAUUAAUUUUAUGUCAAGUGGGAGAGAGGAUGUAGAUGUAAGAUGCCUUGGCACAGGUCGACCAUUUGUACUGGAGAUAUCAAACGCUUUCCGAACAUCCUUGCCCCCCGAACAAGCACGUCAAAUGGAAGAAUACAUCGAUGCGUCACAGAAAGUGUCGGUACGCAAUCUUCAGGUGGUUUCGCGGGAUGAUUUAUCGCACAUUAAAAUGGGGGAGGAACAAAAACGAAAAUGUUAUCGUGCACUCUGUCAGCUGGAUGGUUUUGCUACCGCAGAUAUUUUAGAAAAGCUAAAUUUGCCGAAGGGAUUCGAAAUUCAACAAAAGACGCCUAUAAGGGUUUUACAUCGUCGACCUCUACAUACACGUCCCCGAGCUGUAUACAGUCUUAAAGCAUCAGUUUAUGCACAAAAUAAACGCUUACUAAUACUUGACGUCGUUACACAAGCAGGAACGUAUAUAAAAGAGCUGGUUCAUGGGGAGUUCGGACGCACAACUCCAUCUGUGUCAUCAUUGAUUGGCCAGCCUGUUGACAUUGUGGCACUUGACGUAAUGGAAAUAGAUUUAGAUUGGCCCCCAGCAGUCACUUUUUAGCCUAUGGCUUAUAUACACUUAUUUAAUCAAUAUUAUAUUCUUUUAUAAAAAGAAAACAUUCACAGUA